CACAUCAAAGAAAAGAAUAGGAAUGCUGCACGCAACUGGUCCUCCUCCGCAAUGCACGGCGCCUCCACCUUCACUCCUCUCCCCACCGCCAGUCUAUCCAUUUUUUCGGCGACCACCUACUCUUCUCCGGAGGGUGAAGCCUCUCGCUUCUAUUGGUCGACGUAGAGGAGGCAAAGGAGAGCAGUCGCUAUAUGAUUCAAACUCCAAUGGCAAAAUGAGUGAUUUCUAUGAGAUUGUACUCAAAGUUCGAGAUUAUGAAGUCGAUCAGUUUGGUGUUGUGAACAACGCUGUUUAUGCGAACUACUGCCAACAAGGUCGAGUUGAGCUUCUCGAGAGUAUUGGUAUCAAUGUUGACUCAGUAGUCCGCAGUGGCGAAACCUUGGCGCUUUCAGAGCUGUCAAUGAAAUUCCUUUCCCCUUUACGUAGUGGAGACGAAUUCCUAAUGAAAAUGAAGAUAUCUGGAUCGUCUAUUGCACGCGUUUACUUCCAUGAUUUCAUCUUUAAAUUACCAAAUCUUGAGCCUGUUCUUGAGGAGAAAGCAACAGCAGUUUGGCUCGACAAGAACCAUCGUCCUGUUCGUAUCCCCUCCGAGUUUUGCUCCAAAUUCGCUAAUUUCCUAAGUCGAGAGACAAAUCCGAUUUGAGACUGUCUUGAUAAGGAUUCUCGUCGUAUUUGUCAAUGGGUUAUGGAUAAUGUUCACGUCAUCUUUCCUCA